CGUCGCUAUGGGGACGAGCUGAACGCAUCGCCCGAAGUACAGGCCCUUUGCCGAAAGUUGUGUAGAGCUACAUCAAGCGGCGGGCGCUCUCCUUCGUGCCUCCUUCGCGCGGCAUGGACCACUCGGUGAAGGCGAUGCACCGCAAGGCGGCCUUCUCGAGACUCCUCCGCGGCCGCCGCUUCGAGAACGCCGACCUGGAGCAGCUGUACCAGCGCUACACUUUCAAGCUGCAGCAGUCCUCGAUCGCCAGCGUCCUGGGACUGCUGGUGACGCUGAACGUGACGCUGGCAUCGAUCGACCUGGCCUACCGGCGCGGCUCGCCCUCCCUGCUGGGCCUUCUGCACCUGGUGCACGGCCUGCUCUUCCUGGGCGCCUUCAGCUUCAUGGCACUGCGCAGGCUCGAGGACUCGGCGCUGCUGGCGCUGUGUCACGGCGCGCUGGCGCUUGCCUCCACCUUCUCGCUCCUGUCCAUGCCGUGGUCGGUGGGCGACGGCUUCUGGCAGCUCAGGAGGGGCGCCCCGGCCGACGGGCUCUGGGAGCUGCUGUUCGUGCUCUUCCUCGCCUACACCAUGCUGCCGGUGCGCACCAGGGUCGCCCUGCUGCUGGGCGCCUCCCUGUGCGCCGUCCACACGCUGUGCGCCGUCUUCUGCGCCCACGUCCCGCCCGGACAGGACAGGACGGUACAGGUGAGACGACAACCCAAGCGACGAGCCAAUUUUGAAAGUUCAUUUGAGGGCCAUGCCGUGCUUCUGUCAUGUUUGCCAGCUAGCAGCCCCAAGGUGUGCGACUAG